AUGGCGGAACCCGACCCAGGAAGCCAGGACUUGCCUGGGCCAGAGGACGAGGAGGCGGCGACCACCCAGGAGGAUCCUCGCAGCCCCACGGAAGAGCGCCACGACGAGGCCGCACCGCCUUCGGACCCUGAGCCGCCGUUGGAGGAAGCCGAGGCCGAGGCGGCUGGUCAGGAGGCCCUGAUCCGUAGAGAGGACGAGGAGGAGGAGGACGACGACGAUGGCACCUAUGUGAGAAGUGGUUCCAGAGGAGAGGUCGAAGUGCUGGACGUGAACUUCUGUGGCCGGGCACGAAGGCGCUUGGCCCGGCACGCGCGCCGGGCACGAAUACCUCUGGUCUCCCGGGCGCUGGUUGUGGAGGAGGAGUUCGUGGAUGUGGACGAGGUCACGAACGAAGUCCACGAUGCCGAGCCAGACCGCACCUUGCACAUGGAGGUGUCGAGCGACGAGGCCGACGUAGCGGUGGCAACGCGGCGCAGGCAGCGUGGGGAGCGCCCGGCAUCUUCCGCGCCUGUGGCUCGGAGUGCCGCGCUGAGCAUCAACAACGGCCGCCAGGUACGCCUUGAAAGGCCCAAAGUCAAGGCCAGGCCCAAGCGAAGGGCCCAAAACUCCGCCUCCGCGGGCUCCGCGGGCUCUGCCGGCUCCGCGGGCUCUGCCGGCUCCGCGGGCUCGGCCAGCAGACGAGGCCAUGACAGCUUCGACACGCUGCCCACCUCUUCCACGGAACGGCUGGAGAGCAACGGCUGGGGUGCAGCUGGCUUCGAGGGCCAGCCAUCCCCCUCCAGCUGGAUGUGGCCAGAUGAAGAAGAAUCGAGCGUCAACGCCUUGCCGCCUUUGCUGCAGGUGCCGCUGUCGCCAGAGCACGCGAGCCCUGCCGAGGACGGCAUGGACCACUCCCUGCCCGACUCGUGGUUCCAAGACCCGGAGGACGCGGAGGUCACCACCACAACCUCUGGCGAUGCCGUGGAGGGCACUGGCCUCUCCGUGAUCUACGUGGAGCCCGUGAGGCCGGGAAUGGAGCCUCGCCACUGCCGCCAGUGCCAUUCGGCCUUCUCCAUGGGCGAGCUGCGCUUGGGCUACACGCCGUGCGGCGUGGCAGCUGAUGGCCGACAAUUCCUCCCCGUUUGGGUGCACGCCUUCACUUGCGCCCGGAGGGCGCGGCUAGCCAUCCGCUUCGACGGCGAGUCUGCCAGCUUCAGCCCGGCGGUGUCCCUGGCGGAUCGCAACCGCCUCGUGGAGGAGCUCCGGCAGGUUCACCAGUUCCUCGCCCUCCAACAUCGCUCUCAGCCACGGCAGCUGUGCAUCCGCCCCUGGCGAUACAUCCCCUCCGUGCUCCAGCGCUGGCCCGUGCUGCAGCUGCACCCGGGCGCUCCGGAGAGCGAGUCGCGGCCGGGCUGGCGCAUUCCCUCCCCGCCGCGAAGGGCCUCGACACCGGGGCGGCCGCCGGCCCGAAGGACGCCCAGGGCGCCCUCGCCUCCUCUAGGUGGCCACGAGGCAUUUUCCGACGAUGAGAUGCUCGUGGAGGCCGAGUCCGGGACGCCGAUGGUGCAGCAGGUGCUGGCGCAGCUUGUCUCUGGACGACUGGGCCCUGCCAACCCCAUGCAGUCGCUGGACGACCUCCCGAUCAUCCCCAACUUCUUGGCCCACUCCCCCUUCGCGACGCGCAGCACCGAGUCCUCCGCGAUGGCCGCAGCUGCCACGGCGCGCCUCCUCGCAGAGGUCCCCGUGUUCCCGGCCGACAAGAAGUCCGAGGAGCCCUGCACCAUCUGCCGAGAUGACAUCCUCGUGGGCCAGGAGUGCCGUCGCCUGCCAUGCCUGCAUUUCUUUCACACGGAGUGCAUCGACCGCUGGAUCGCCGUGAAGGCCACCUGCCCCCUGUGCAACUUGAAGCUGGAGGACUUGCUCAAAGACCAGCAUUCCUUGGAGAAUGGUGAGGAGCCCCUACCCCGCUCGCGGCGCUCGCGGACCCGGUCUCGCUCGCCACCCGGGCCCCUCUCGAGGUCCCUGCUCGGCCGGAAUGCGGGCGAUGCCGGGAUGAGUGGUGGGAGCGGGCCGAGCGGCCUCCAGCGAAGAACCCGCUGGGACCACGUCGGGAAUGCGGAGGCCUACAACUACAACUACCAGCCCGCCUACCGGUCCGCGCGCUCGCCGCGGCCUGCUACAGGUUGGCCACCGCCCGGUACAUGGAAUCAAGCUGUCCAAAACCCCAUGGGCCAGCCGAGAGCCUGGAUGCAAAACCUGCAGGCCUUCGGGCAGCCCCACAUCCCACACACACCUGCGGCCAUGUCUCAAAGUCAGGGACGGCCGAUGCCCACACCUCCACCCCCGCCACCAGAUGCAAGACCACCAGCCUGGUCCCCUCCCAUGAUGCCAGUACCGGUGCCCAUGCCCCUGUUCCAAUCCAGGCCCAUCCUUCGGCCCUUACCCCCAGGCUCUACUCCCAUCCCACCACCCCCGCCGCCGCUGACGCGGCCUGUGGUGCCCAUGCCGAGAUCAAGGUCGCCUCACACCACAGGAGGGCCUGAUUACAUGUGGUAG